AUGGAUAUUCCACCUGAUUACAUACCAGAAAAAUCUAGUCAGAAGCGGCGCCCAAAGGCAGCUAAAGGCCAACAACAUCAACAAAACUUCUACAAUGAUUUUGAUAUGCCAAAUCAACAGUCACAGCAGUUUGCACCAAACUUUGGUCAACAAGAUAUGUUCUAUGGGGGACAGGGUUCUCAGGUUUUCAGCCCAGCAGGAUAUGGGGGACAGAUGCCUAAUUUCCAACAAUUUCCUGGACAGCAGCUUUUAAGUGAUCCUGUAACAAAUAUGGCCAUGCAAUAUGGACAAGUUUUAGCAGGGCAGGGCAAAGAUCUGGUCAACCAAAAUAUACAGCAAUAUGUGGCUUCAUCAAAGUUGAAGAACUACUUUGCAGUGGAUACCAUUUAUGUUGGAAAAAAGUUAGGCAUUCUGUUAUUCCCAUUCACUCAUACAGACUGGUCCGUACACCAUAGCCAAGAUGAGCCUGUGGCACCAAGAUAUGAAAUCAAUGCACCAGACUUGUAUAUACCUAUGAUGGCUUUUGUCACCUAUCUUCUCGUGGCUGGAAUGGUUCUAGGAACUCAAGGCAGAUUUACUCCUGAGCAGCUUGGAGUUCAAGCCAGUUCCGCACUUGUUUGGUUGAUUGUUGAACUGUUAGCCUUUUCAUUGAGUCUGUAUAUCUUGAACCUCACCACCAGUCUCAGAUACCUGGACAUCAUAUCAUAUUGUGGUUAUAAGUUUGUGGGAAUGACCAUCAGUCUGCUCGCUGGAGUUGCCAUGAGCACAUCAGUUUAUUAUGGCGUAUUAGCUUGGUUCUGCAUCACACUUGCUUUUUUUCUUAUUCGCACCAUGAAGGUUCAAGUCACGCCUCAGCAGAGAGAAGAUGGCUACAGCAAGGGAGCAAAGAGAAGCUUGUACUUUGUUUUGGCUGUAUCUCUGGCACAGCCGUUACUCAUGUGGUGGCUGACUAGUUAUAUCAUGCUUUCUUAA